AUGGCGAUCGAGAAGCCUGUGACGAUGCUAGAAAAGGUGGAGAAUUUCACGGCCAAGGUAUUGACAUGGGUGGAUACGAAAAUCUUUUUCAAACCCCCUCCCAAGCCGAUGCCCAGCAUCUGCGAUCUUCUCCCCGAGAUCAAGCCAUGGUGCGCGGUUUGCAAGGAAAAGUUCGAGCUCGAUAGCGCGGUGAAGCAGAUACCGUGCAAGCACUGUUAUCAUCUGGAAUGUCUUCGCGAGUGGAUGGAAAACAAUGAUUCGUGCCCGAUGUGUAGCGCAAAGCUCCCCAAGCCCAUUACCUUUCGUGCGAUAUGGAAAGCAGUGGAAGAGGAAACGCGCUGGUUAGGACAGUAG